AUGCCUCCUAAGCAGAAGAAAGACAGCAAGGACGAUGAGUCUCACACCGGCAAGAUCUUCUCGGUCUCUGGACCCGUCAUUGUCGCCGAGGACAUGAUUGGUGUUGCCAUGUACGAGUUGGUCAGAGUCGGUCACGAUAACCUGGUCGGUGAAGUCAUUCGUAUCAAUGGCGACCAAUGCACAAUUCAGGUCUACGAGGAGACUGCUGGUGUCACUGUCGGUGACCCCGUCGUUCGCACCGGAAAGCCUCUGUCCGUCGAGCUUGGCCCCGGUCUGCUCAACGGUAUCUACGACGGUAUUCAGAGACCCCUCGAGAAGAUUAGCGAAAUGUCCAAGACCAUUUACAUCCCUCGCGGUAUCGCUGUUCCCGCCCUCGACCGUACGAAGAAGUGGGAAUUCGUUCCCUCCCUGAAGGUUGGCGACCACAUCUCUGGUGGUGACGUUUGGGGUACCGUCAACGAGAACUCCUUCAUUUCCACCCACAGAAUCCUGUUCCCUCCCCGCGCUCGCGGUACCAUUACCAAGAUCGCCAGCAAGGGCAGUUACACUGUUGAGGAGAACCUCCUCGAGGUCGAGUUCGACGGCAAGAAGACCGACUACCCCAUGAUGCAGUCGUGGCCUGUGCGAGUUCCCCGUCCGACCACCGAGAAGCUUCAGGCAAACGAGCCCUUCGUCGUCGGUCAGAGAGUGCUGGACGCUCUGUUCCCCGGUGUCCAGGGUGGUACCGUUGCCAUUCCUGGUGCUUUCGGUUGCGGCAAGACUGUCAUUAGUCAGUCUGUGUCCAAGUUCUCCAACAGCGAUGUCAUCGUCUACGUUGGAUGCGGUGAGCGCGGUAACGAGAUGGCCGAAGUCUUGAAGGAUUUCCCUGAGCUCACGAUUGAGGUCGACGGCCGCAAGGAGCCCAUCAUGAAGCGCACCACCCUUAUCGCCAACACCUCCAACAUGCCUGUCGCUGCCCGUGAGGCUUCCAUUUACACUGGUAUCACCGUCGCCGAGUACUUCCGUGAUCAGGGUCUGAACGUCGCCAUGAUGGCUGACUCCUCUUCUCGAUGGGCCGAGGCUCUUCGUGAAAUUUCCGGUCGUUUGGGAGAGAUGCCUGCUGACCAAGGUUUCCCUGCUUACCUCGGUGCCAAGCUCGCCAGUUUCUACGAGCGUGCCGGCCGUGUCAAGUCUCUUGGUUCCCCUGAGCGCCAUGGCAGUGUCAGCAUUGUCGGUGCCGUCAGUCCCCCUGGUGGUGAUUUCUCCGAUCCCGUCACGACAUCCACCCUCGGUAUCGUACAAGUUUUCUGGGGUCUCGACAAGAAGCUCGCCCAGCGCAAGCAUUUCCCCUCCAUCAACACCUCGCUCAGUUACUCCAAGUACACCAUGGUCCUCGACAAGUGGUACGAGAAGGAGUACCCCGAGUUCCCCCGCUUGCGUGACCGCAUCAAGCAGCUCUUGUCCGACUCCGAGGAGCUUGACCAGGUCGUGCAGCUGGUCGGAAAGAGUGCGCUGUCUGACCCCGACAAGAUCACUCUGGAUAUCGCCGCUCUCCUGAAGGAAGACUUUUUGCAGCAGAACGGUUACUCAGACUACGACCAGUUCUGCCCUCUGUGGAAGACUGAGUGGAUGAUGAAGUUGAUGGUCGGUUUCCACGACGAGGCGCAGAAGGCCAUUGCCCAGGGACAGAGCUGGGCCAAGGUUCGUGAGGCCACCUCCGACCUGCAGUCCAAGCUGCGUCAACUCAAGUUCGAGGUUCCCACCGACGGCGAGGAGGUCAUUACUAAGAAGUACGAGGAGAUCCAGCAGCAAAUGUUGGACAAGUUUGCCUCUGUUGUUGACGAGUAA